AUGUUGGGAGAGAGUUCAUCAGAAGAAGCCGACGACAAGAAGAGCGAUAACGAAUCUGAUUACGACGCCUGUGAAAGCAGCGACGACAUUAAUGGAGAUGAAGAUGAUGCCGAUUUGGCAAACAAGGAGAAAUCGACGAUGAUCACCAGAAGAAGAAAACCUAAAGAUGAUGAUCCGGUGAUCAUUUCGAUAUCAGAGACCGCAAAACUGAGAAAAAGAAAGUCGGAGAUUAGUAGCAUACAAGCCCCAAUAGUUCCUACGAAUCUUGUAGGUCCUUUGCUGAAGCGGAAAAGAGACUCUGUUCGUCUUCCGACUAAAAAAUUCAAAGAUCGGAUCGUUGGCUCACCAUCAUCAUCAUCAUCAUCAUCAUCUUCGAUCCCUACUCAAAUGAACGUUAAUGGCGGAACCAUGACUACAACUUCUUCCUCCUCCGAGUCUUCGAGUCAAGAUUCUAUCUUUCGGUCAUCGUUAGGGUCAAACAACACAAGAGCAUCGAGUGUCAAUCCAAGUUCAAGUGUUCAUGCUCAACCUUCUUCUUCAGUGGUGAGUUUACCACAGCAUUACCGUGCGCCUCAAGCAAGGGCUAUGCAACGAUCCUCUGCUCUGAGACAGCAGCGUCCAUAUGUUCCGAUCCUUCCCUAUGAUCCAAAUACUCAAGCCAACAUUGCAAGAAGGGCGCCUCAAGCAAGGGCUAGGCAACGACCCCAUGGUUCGAGACAGCUGCGUCCAUUGUUGCCGACCCCUCAAGCAACAACAACUUCUGGAAACAACCCUAAUCCAAAUGCAUUCCAAGGAUAUACUCAAGCUCAAAUGGAGGCCAUGAAAAGAUCGUGGCAGAGUUUGCUCUCGAACCUUCACGGUCGCAGUUCUGUUGAUUCCAGCUUGGUGCCAUCGUUUCAAGAGUACAUCACACGACCAUCAUCGACUGUCAAUAUUCACCGUCCAAUCUCUGUUUCCGGGCCACUACCAUCGGCUACACUGUCUCAUGUUUUGGGGUCAUCAUCAAGUUCAAGUCUUGAAGCUCAAGCCAACGCUAUAAGAGGAUGCAACUCUGGACUUCUUCCUGCAAUGCCAAAUGACCAACAGCAACAACAACAACAUCACCCUUCUUCUUCUUCUUCAAUGGAUGUGAGAGGUUUGGAUCUUAACCUGCCGGCUAAUAAUGAAGAUGGUGGUGAAAAAGAAGAUGAAGGUUUUGAUCUUAACCAGCCGGCUCCGGAUGAAUGA